GGUGGGGACAGGAAGAAAGGAGCCCAUGGGUCUCUCUCUUUCUCUCUCUCAGUCUCUCAGCCAGGCUUGGCCCAGCCGGAUGCACUGCUGGUCUUUCCAGGCCAGGUGGCCCAACUCUCCUGCAUGCUCAGCCCCCGCCAUGCCACUGUUGGGGAGUACGGCGUGUCUUGGUAUCAGCAACGGGCAGGCAGUGCCCCCCGAUAUCUCCUCUACUACCGCUCAGAGGACAACUACCACCGGCCGCCUGACAUCCCUGACCGCUUCUCGGCAGCCACAGACGCCGCCCACAAUGCCUGCAUCCUGACCAUCAGCCCCGUGCAGCCUGAGGACGACGCAGAUUAUUACUGCUCUGUGGGUUACACAUCCUAGGGGUGGAGUGUGGGAUGAGUGCCUCUCGUCUGCCUCUCAUUUCUGCACUCUGACCUUGGGCCCCCCUCUUUCUUCAAAACUUGAUUUUGCUCCUCUGUAAAAUGGGUUAAUAAUAUUAAAUCUGUA